AUGAGUAUCUCACUACACUUCAGGAAUGGUGGUUGUGGGUUCAGUGCUGAAAUGAAUGUUUUUCCUUCACCUCCUGUUCCUAUUUUUAGUCUCCACUGUUCACACACUUUGGGGUUCAUGGGUCAUGUUGGAGGAACAGAAUCUGAAAGUUCUGACAUACCCUUUAAGAUUUUGAACCCCUCUGUGAUCCAACCCCAGGAGGAGGAAGAAGAAUCUUUUGGGGUUGAGAACAUGAGCUUGUCUUUGAAACCUGGUGACGAGCUUGAAGCAAAUAGUUCUUCUGUCACAGGAAAAGUUAGGCACACUAAGCUUUGUGCCAGAGGACAUUGGAGGCCCGCUGAAGAUGACAAACUUAAAGAGCUUGUUGCACAAUUUGGACCUCAAAAUUGGAACUCAAUGGCAGAACAUCUACCGGGAAGAUCAGGCAAAAGUUGCAGAUUGAGGUGGUUUAAUCAGCUAGAUCCUAGAAUUAACCGAAAGGCUUUCAGUGAGGAAGAAGAGGAGAGGCUCUUGAAUGCUCACAAAGCCUAUGGUAACAAAUGGGCCAUGAUUUCUAGACUCUUCCCUGGUAGGACAGAUAACGCAGUGAAGAAUCAUUGGCAUGUGAUCAUGGCUAGAAGGCAAAGGGAGAAGUCAUGUGUCUACAGAAGGAGAAAGCCCACAUUUCAGAUCUUGCCACCAAAGAAUUUGGAUUUGACCUUGCCAAAGAAUGGAGCCAGUGAAUCAACCAUUUCAAGCACCAUCAUUGAUGAAUCUGGUUCAACAGGAACUAACCUCUCCUUCACUCCCUAUUCAGCCAAACCAACUCCUAUGUCUUUUCACAACCAUUGUCCUGUUCAGAAUAACCGAUCCUUUGGUUCUCUAAUUGGUUUAUCUGGAGAGAGCAGGACACCAGCCAGGGAUGUGAGUUGUAACAAAUAUUUUGGUGCUUGGAAGGGUUCAUGUGAGGCUGGAGACGUUGGAAGGCUCAUGGGUAUGGACCAAUCGCAUUAUUCAGAUUCAAACUCAUCAGAAGUUUCAGUAUCCGAGUCAGUUGCCACCAACGGGACUACCAAUCUCUCAAUUUAUGGGGAAAGUGAAAACAUGGGUGAUAACAAGGCCAACAUGGUCUUCAUUGACUUUCUUGGAGUAGGAGCUGCAUAA